AUGGCUGAUCUACCCAGCAUUCGUAUAACGCAGGCACUGCCAUUUGUCAACACCGGUUGCGACUAUGCUGGGCCAAUCCUUCUCAAGGAUGGCAAGGGUCGCAAGCCACGCAUCAGUAAGGGCUACAUAUGCCUAUUUGUUUGCCUAGUCACGUCAGCAAUACACUUGGAACUUGCCACUGAUCUCACAACUGAAACGUUCCUGGCUGCGCUGCGGCGCUUUAUAUCUCUACGUGGCUGGUGCAGCAAAAUCUACAGCGACAACGGCACAAAUUUCAUCGGUGCAAAACACUCACUCGAUGAAAUGCAAACCCUACUGCAGUCACAGCAACACACCAAUCUGAUCACCCUUACCUUGGCGGAUGAUGGCAUCCAAUGGGUAUUCAUUCCACCACGUGCGCCUCACUGGGGUGGAAAGUGGGAAUCGGCAGUUCGAUCUGUUAAACUGCAUUUUCGGCGAGUCAUCGGAAGCUCAAAGCUUACAUUUUAG